ACGCCUUCUCCCACUUUCUAAACUUAAAUCUCCCAUUUUUCAUCCCAAAAACUCUUUCAAUCUUUCUCUAAAGCUCUCUCUUUCUUCAUAAGAAAAAGGUUUGAUUCUCAAUUCUCAAGAAUUCAUGUCGGAGGAUAACAAGGGUCGGCCAUUGCCGAAAUUCGGUGAAUGGGAUGUCAACGAUCCUGCAUCGGCCGAGGGGUUUACCGUGAUCUUUAACAAGGCAAGAGAUGAGAAGAAAACUGGCGCCAAACCGGAUUCGGCAGCAAAUGCUGAUACUCAAAAUAAGCCCGGAGCGGAUCCUGGCAAACCCCAGCAAGUAAAAAAAAGGGCUGUGCUGCGUGUUGUAAAGCGUAGCUGUUGUGGACUUGCAUCAUGAUGUGCGCCUUCAAUGGGUUUGCUGCAUGCGUGCAAGCACCAUUGGUCAGGGAGUCUGGCAUCUGCAAGUAUGUUCAAGCCACCACCAUAUAAUUUCUAAAGAAAAAAAAAACCCAGAUCUUUAGUUCUGUUAUGUUUCCUCGAAUUU